UCGCCUGGCUUGGCCGGUCGGCACUCCCCUCAUCCCCUGGCUCACCCCUCCCCUCAGGCUCCUCUUCCUCUCCCCUGGCCCUGGAGGCAGUCGGUCGGAUCUGGCCGGUCGUCGGAGACGCGCUCGGCCGUCCACUGUUCGCCGCCGCUGCCUUCCAGCCACUACCCUUCAGCCUCCAGAGCCCAGCGGCAGUCUAGCCCAACAGCAGUUUGUUCAUGUUAUGAUAGGAGCGUAGAAUAGUGUUACCUGUUGGUUUCAUUAUUCAAUAUACAAAAUGGCCGUGUCGGAGCUUGAGGUCGACGGCGUCGUCUUCCCGCCGCUGGCCCGUCCGCCGGGCACAGCCCACGCGCACUUCCUCGCCGGCGCAGGUGUGCGAGGGAUGGAGCUCGGCGGCAACUUCAUCAAGUUCACGGCCAUCGGCGUGUACCUGCAGGCCGACGCCGCCGUGUCCGCGCUCGCCGCGAAGUGGGCCGGGAAACCCGCCGACGAGCUUGCCGCAGACAACGCCUUCUUCCGCGACGUCGUCACAGGCGAGUUCGAGAAGUUCACGCGGGUGACCAUGAUCCUGCCGCUCACCGGCGCCCAGUACUCCGAGAAGGUGACCGAGAACUGCGUCGCGUACUGGAAGGCCGUCGGCAAGUACACGGACGCCGAGGCCGCCGCCGUCGACAAGUUCAAGGAGGCCUUCAGGACUGAGAGCUUCCCUCCCGGCGCGUCCAUCCUCUUCACCCACUCCCCCGCCGGCGUCCUCACCGUCGCGUUCUCGAAGGACUCGUCGGUACCGGAGUCGGGCGGCGUGGCGAUCGAGAACAUGCCGCUCUGCGAGGCCGUGCUGGAGUCCAUCCUCGGCGAGCACGGGGUCUCGCCGGCGGCGAAGCUCAGCCUGGCGACCAGGGUCGCCGAGCUCCUGAAUGAGGCCGCCCCCGUCGGCCAGGCGGCGGCAGAGCCCGUGUCGGUUUCUGCAUGAACGGACCGGACACCGUCACUGCUGGCUUGUGUGGUUGGCGAUGUCCGUUGUUGAGACGUCGUGUUCCGAAGCUUCUACCGUUGUUUUCUGUUGCGUCGAGGUGAACCGUGCUAACUUGAAUAAAGAAACCGCCAAAGAAACUUUUACAUCAACUA